AAAACAUAUGGCUUUUGUCAGAUCAUUGCUUGGUUUUCUUGUGGACUACCAAUUUUCUAUGUUAACUGAAAGGAUUUACAGAUUGUGUGAUCAACCCAGCUAUUUACGGCUUUUUUCAACACUAAUAUGGCUCUGGAAGAUAUUUGUUGCUUCAAAGACAAGCCUGCACAGCAAUUGUUUCCUUUUCCAGCUUUGGAGACAGAUUAUCACAACCUUGAGUUGGAAAGACUGAAGACAUCUCAGACAAACUGGGGGGAUCCACAGCACAUUUUCAUACCACCUUUCCCACAAGCCACUCCAUUCAUCAGCAGACGCACGUCUCGUUUCAGACCACCAAACCAUGCGCUGACCGUGCAAAGGCCUUUCCCUCUGUCUCAUGGAACAACAACCUUGGGUUUCAUUUUCCAAGGUGGUGUAAUUGCAGCAGCAGACACACGUGCCAGCGCGGGUGGCCUUGUUGCAUGUCCGGCUGUACACAAGAUCACCCCUAUUCACUCCCAUUUAGUGGUCACCUCCUCAGGCAGUGGUGCAGACUGCAUGCUUUGGGAGCGCAUCCUGAUCAGAGAGAUCAGACUAUAUGAACUGCGGCAUAAGCGUCGACUCUCCAUAAGAGCUUCUGCCAAGCUUCUUUCCUUUAUGUUGCAUCCAUUUAAAGGGACUGAUGUGUGUGUGGCACUCACUCUGUGCGGUUGGGAAAAGGAAGGAGGGAGCUCUGGGCUGGUUCACAACUUUGGCAACCAAUCUCUUGUGACUGAUGUAAGCUCUUCAGGCACUGCCGGCAACACUUCAGCAGCAGAUCCGCUAUCCCCAAACAGUGGUCCACAAGUUAUCUACGUGUGCAGCGAUGGCGCCCGACUGCAAGGAGAUAUCAUCUCUGUUGGAUCAGGGUCUCCUUAUGCUUACGGAGUCCUGGAUGGGGGUCUGAGUUGGGGUUUGAGUAAAGAAGAAGCCAUCUCCUUGGCAAGAGAAGCAGUUUUCAGAGCCACUCAUAGGGAUGCCUACUCUGGAAACAAUGUGGAUCUUUUUCACAUCGAUGCCCAGGGUUGGAUCCAAAGACCAAGGGAGGACCUGAAAGAAGAAUAUUACAGAGAGUUGGAGAGAAGGUCCAAGCGCAGAAGAGAAAAGAAAAAGAGAGAUACAAUAGAAAGCAGUUAGAGCAAACAAGGGAACUGUGUUGGGCUUUGGAGAUGAAAAUUAUGCACCUAGGCUGAUCAAAAAGUAGUUAUAAGUUGUGGUAAACCUCUUCUAGUUUUUAAGGGUACUUCAUGAAACUUAUAGACCUUUAGGGAUAUUCCCUAAAGUUAAAUUCCCUAAAUGUUACAUCAGGAAAAUGGUAGCUAACAUUCAAGGAAUCUUUAUGUAACCCAUUGUAAGGGUAUUCCAGAGGUAACAUAAUAAAAGUUGUAGAUAAUCUUCAAUGGACCUCUAUAGAACGUUAAAGAUUUUCUAGAAAGAGUUCAAAACAACUUUUAUUUACCUUUUGGGGAUUGACCUCUGAACACUAACAUUGUAGGAACAUUGUGAAAGUUGCAUGUAUUGUUCCAAGACUCUUUAUGGAAAUUU